GAUCAAUGGAGAGGAUGCCCCACCUGACCUGAGCCGCUGCUUCCGUCCGUUUCGUGGUUCGCUCAAAUCAAGGGACGGACGGGACGGGAUCACGGGAGGCGGGACUCGCUCCUUUCCCAUUUCACCCCACUCCACCACUCGGCCGCGGGCCGCCAGAAGCGGCAAGCAAGACGCCAAACCCGGCGUGUUCCCCCCUCCGUCCGGCCUCGGCCAGAGCCAGACGGCCACCAGUCACCACCCAGCCCCGCGCGAAUUGGCCCCCACCCAAACCCGCAAAUCCCCCCGCCCGCGCCAACCCAAUCCCGCCUCCCUCCCACCACCCGCCUAUGCUGCCGCCGCCCCGGCGCCGGCGCGCGCUCCACACCACGACGCCGCGGCACGGGCUGCCGCCGCGCCCAUGAGGGACGGCGGCGACGGCGACGACGACGGCCACGCGACAUCCCGCGCGACGAGGACGAAGAGGAAGCCGUCACGCGACCCGCGGCCGCGGCCGCGCGCCGACGGCGGGAUGCGCAUCGUGGUGCCGCUGCAGGGGGUGGUGCAGGGCCGGGGCGGCCUGGUGCUCGGCUCCCUCAUCCCCUGCGCGCUCUUCUACUUCUUCCAGCUCUACAUCAAGCGCAACCGCCCCGCGCCGGCGCCGGCGCCGGCGCCGGCGCCGGGCUCCCCGCCGCCCGCGGCCGCCUCCCCGAUCCUCCGCUCCCACUCGCGGGGCCUCCUCACGCCGCGCGCCGCGCUGCCGUCGCUCUCCGCGCGCGGGGCCGUCGUGCGGGCCGGGGACGAGGACUCGCUCUACUACGCCGGUCUCCGUCGGUGCGCCGCCGACCCUUACCACCCCGCGUCCAACCCCGACGGUGUCGUCAACCUCGGCCUCGCCGAGAACCACCUGUCGCUGGAUUUGGUGGGGCGGUGGAUGGAGGAGCACGCGGGGGCGGCGAUGCUGGACGGCCUCGCGGCAGCCGGGGACGAGGUCAGGGACCUCACCAUCAGGGGGCUCGCAACCUACCAGCCCUACGAUGGGAUACUUGCCUUGAAGAUGGCUCUUGCUGGAUUCAUGCGGCAGACCAUGCAUGGAUCAGUAUCCUUUGAUCCAUCUCAAAUGGUGAUUACAUGUGGGGCAACUCCUGCAAUGGAAAUACUGAGUUUCUGUAUUGCUGAUCCAGGAAAUGCAUUUCUUGUGCCAUCACCUUACUACCCGGGUUGGGAUAGGGACAUAAAAUGGCGAACUGGUGUUGAGUUGAUACCUGUUCCUUGUCGUAGUACUGAUAACUUUAAUGUCAGUGUCACUGCUCUUGAAAUAGCUUACAAACAGGCAAAAAAGCGAGGAAUAAGAGUUCGUGGGGUUCUCAUAUCUAACCCUUCCAACCCAACAGGAGGCAUUGUGCCAAAAGAAAUACUGCAUGACCUUCUACAGUUUGCUGCAGAGAAGAACAUACACUUAAUUUCUGAUGAAAUAUUUGCUGGUUCAACAUAUGGAAGUGACAAGUUUGUUAGCGUGGCAGAUGUUGUGGAUGAACUAGAGGACUUUGAUAAAGGCAGAGUUCAUAUCAUAUAUGGGCUCUCAAAAGACCUAUCUCUUGCCGGGUUUCGAGUUGGAGUGAUAUAUUCCUACAAUGAACACAUUGUAUCGGCUGCUGCUAAGAUUGCUCGAUUUUCAUCUGUCUCAAGUCCAACACAACGUUUGCUUGUUUCCAUGCUUUCAGAUCAAAAGUUUAUUUCAGAAUACAUAAAGGUUAACAGAGAGAGGCUCCGGAAAAUGUACCUUCUGUUUUCUGAUGCUUUGAAACAACUUGGGAUAGAAUGCUUCAAGAGCAGCGGCGGGUUCUAUUGCUGGGCAGACAUGAGCAGGUACAUCCGAUCUUACAGCGAGAAAGGAGAGCGCAAGCUCUGGGAUAGGCUGUUGGAGGAAGCAAAGGUCAACGUUACCCCAGGUUCUUCUUGCCAUUGCAUUGAGCCUGGAUGGUUCAGGUGUUGCUUCACAACAUUGAGUGAGGAGGACAUUCCUGUCUUGGUGGAAAGACUGAGGAGGGUCACAGAUAGCUUCAAAUCCAAACGUUGAAACGCUAGAAUAGUUUAUUUUUUGGAACCCCUGCGGUAUCGAAAUAACCAUAUCUCACCAGGUGCUCUAUAGUGGAUUGCAGGGGGCACUCAGGAAAAGGUUGGACAAUCUAUUUAUUUUAGACCAUAGAUAUUCAGGGGCUUCUUGCUAUACAGCUGCAUAACAAUUGCUGGAAGCCCCUAGGCUGGUGGAAGGAUAAGUGGGGGAUUUGGGGGACUUGUCCAUGACUCCAUGCUGGUCAGCUGUCUUCGGUUUCUUACGAGCCAUGAUGCCGUAGCAUUCUGGAUGUUUAUGUCCUGUUGGUCUGGCGAUGAGGCUGAUGUGCUGAGCAUUCUUUUCAUCCAGAUCCGACCAUGUUCUACUUUUCCUUUUUACUCUUCCUUUUUUUUCUUUGGUCACAUAAGCUAGUGUUCAGGUUCAGGGAUUGUAAAGCAGUGGAUCCUGCAUGUGCUGCCAGGGUUUUGGACGCUGUCCAUACGUGGAGUGAAUGAACAUGCAGUCAUCAUGUUUUCCAUCAUUUUUUUUCUUUAGUUUGUUUGCGGGUAUGACAUUUUGUC